CGAACACCUGCCUAACAUCAACAUUCAAAUUCACAGGAAGAAUUAUAUUUUGGGACGCUUACUAUCAUAUUUUUCUACCUUAAAUUAACAAUUCAGUUUAAUUUACAGCGAUGCAGUUCAAGUUUUCAUUUAAACCGAUCAUUAAUAUUCUCUAUAUCUUCCAAGGAAUUAUUCUCCCGCCAUGUUUCUGUUGCACCGGUGAGUAUAAAUCCCUUUUUAAAUUUCUUGUGUUUCAUCUUUCUAGCGUCGUUUCUUCAAAACCAUUUCACGAACUACAUACGCUACCUGCUUAUCAGAGCAAAUAAUGUUUAAGCAGACAAUCUUUAUUCAACUAUCAUGCAUGUCUUCUUUUAUGGAAUAGAAGAUACAAAAAAGUCAAAUUUCAAAAAUACCUCACCACAUGCGCAUCAAUGGCUCAUGAUCCAAAUGACGAAAUAAAAAGAAUCGGUUCACAGAUAUCGUGGUAUAGUAAUGAACGCUAUGAAAAUAAUUCCUGAUGUUUUUUUCUUUCCGCUGAUCGAUUCACAAUCUAAGAUUAAUUUUUGGUAAUGAAAGCCUCCCUGUUAAUUUGAAUUUUCGAGAGAUAUGAUCACCUGUAGGGAAAAUUUGUCAGGGUUCUCACGCAGUAAAGUUUUAAAAUAAAGUGGUUCAAUGUUUCAACAAUGAAAAUAAGAAACUACCAUAAGUGAGUGGAAACUAAGCGAUAUAUUUGUUUUGCCUACCACAGACGACGAUUGUCGACACAUUAUAUUCAAGGACCCAAUACCGAACAUGGCCAUGAAAAAUCACGCGAUCAAAAGUGUAGAGGUGCCCAACGAAGGAAGUUGCCGAGUAAUGUGUUAUAUGGAGCCUAAUUGUGUGUCCAUCAAUAUUGGACCUGUUGCAGGAGGAAACCAAAAAUGCGAGUUGAAUAACGCCACGGAGGAAAACCAUGCUCCAUUUCUUCUCGUGAAAAAUCCGGGUUACACAUAUCUUGCAAUCGAGGUAAUAGCCCACAUUCUUACGAAACUAAAGGGAGUCAGAUACAGAAGAGAUUGUUUCAUUUUCUAAGGGUAAAGUGAUCUUAUUCUUGAAAUAAGGAAGAUCUGCACAAAAGUUUACUUUGUUUUGUCGACAGAAUCCAUGUAGUAGCAGCCCAUGCUUAAACAAGGGCACCUGUCAAGCUGGAUUCACCAAUAAAGGUUUUCGUUGUGUCUGUCGGGAAAGGUUUACUGGAGAAACCUGCCAAGUUGAAGGUGAAAUGGUUGCAUUGUAUGGGCCGGUGUCUCGUGUAAUACGCGAGGAGUUACUCACUAAAGUCCCAAACUUAACUUCAAGAACAAAACAUUAA